UCGACCACCCAGCCGUGUCGAAAAGCAGCAAUGUCUCAGGUACCGCAGAUUGGGUGGUUCUGCAGCUUGGUGGCGGCGACGCUCGCGGUCGGCGUCAUGGGUCAGCCACCUUCCCCUUCCAACUGGUUCUGGGAAACUCCACCUUCGUGGGACGGGACGCCUCCCCAGCCCGAGGUCCCGUCCUACGCCAACGGCCAGCUCUCUCCGGCCAACUACAACAAGCCCAACCGCAUCUUCAUCUGCGACGACGACUGGGGCAAGACCUGCGUGGCGCAGUGCCCGGACCUCUGCCCCAAGUCCUGCGAGAUGUCAUGCAGCUACUGCGAGACCUCCUGCAGGUGUGCGAACUACCCCGGCACCUCGUGCGGCGACCCUAGCUUCACCGGCGGCGACGGCGUCACCUUCUACUUCCACGGCAGGAAAGACCAGGACUUCUGCAUCGUCUCCGACGCCGACCUCCACAUCAACGCGCGCUUCAUCGGCAACCACAACCCUGUCAACGAGCGCACCUUCACGUGGAUACAGUCCCUCGGCGUGAGCUUCGGCGAUCACCGCCUCUUCGUCGGCGCUCGCAGGGCCAUCGAGUGGGACGAGGAAGAGGACCACAUCGAGAUCACCUUCGACGGUGAACCCAUCAACAUAGACACCUCCAACAAUGCACGGUGGGUCUCCAGGACCCUAGCUGGUCUAUCCGUGAAGCGCACGGACGCUGUCAACUCUGUCAAGGUGGAUCUCGCGGGCGUGUUCAGCAUCUCGGCCAGCGCGGUGCCCAUCACCGACGAGGACUCCAAGAUCCACAGCUAUGGCAAGACCAUGAAGGACAGCCUGGUGCACCUUGACCUCCGCUUCAAGUUUCAUUCCCUCACAGACGUCGUCGACGGUGUCCUUGGCCAGACCUACCGGCUGGACUAUGUCAACAAGAUGAAUGUCACUGCUAAGAUGCCCAUCAUGGGCGGCGCUCCAAAGUAUCUCUCCUCGGGGCUCUUCUCGACGGACUGUGCUGUCUCCAAGUUCCACCGUAGCGGUGGCGCCAACCAUGUUCGUGCCUUGGCAGCAUAAUUGAAGCCCCCAAGGAGAUACGCAUAUCUACUCUACCAUGGAAUAAGGCAGUGAGUGACGCCAGCAUCGUGUGAGUGUAACGAUCUCACGAUGAUAAAAAUGAUAAAUAACCCCUAUGAAGCUAUUAUUGUAAAAUGAAUGUGAACCGUUAA